AUGGACCAGACUUUCCAGAAGAACUUUAAUGGAAAUUGGACGUCUCCUCUUCCUUUCAAGAACGUGCGCCCACAUCUAGUGAACAAUAAAACUCAAGUUUUCAAACGGGCCAUCAACCUUGACCACAGUUUGAGGAAAAAUCCUGAAAAGUUAAAGCAGAUGUGUGAAUUUAUGGAAAACAUAUUCCAAACAGGAGCAGCAGAGAGAGCACCAGAGAUACCCAAGGGGCAAGAGUGUUGGUACAUCCCCAUAUUUGCUGUGGUGCACCCAAAAAAGCCUGGGAAGGUUCGUGCUGUGUUUGAUUCUUCAAUAGUUUAUCAGGGGUGUUCACUCAAUGACACUCUUUUGUCUGGACCCAACUUGACAAACAACUUGCUAGGAAUCUUGUUGCGGUUUCGGAAAGAUUUGUGUACUAUCGCAGGUGACAUCCAGCAGAUGUUCUACCGUUUCUUUGUGAAUGAGAGAGACAGGGACUACUUGCGGUUUUACUGGUAUGAGAACAACGAUCCACUCCGUCAGAUGAUAGAGUAUCGAAUGACCGUCCAUGUGUUUGGGAACCGGCCUUCCCCCGCAGUGGCAACAUAUGGACUCAGACAAGCGGUACGACAUGCAGAUCUUGACGUUGUCAAUUUUGUACACCAGGAUUUUUAUGUUGAUGAUGCAUUGAUGUCUCGACCUACUCCUGCUGAAGUAAUUGAUUUGAUGAGGCGUACUCAGAAGGUACUGAAUGAUGAGGGUAAAAUUCGGUUACACAAGAUUGUGUCAAACGUACAAGAUGUGGUAGAUGCAUUCCCUGCAGCUGACUUGGGAAAGGAUGUACAGGAUUUUUCGAUUGGUGAAGAUGAUGAUUUGGUUCAGCACAGCCUUGGAUUGGCCUGGAAUCUGAGAUCUGACUGUUUCAUCUUCCAGAAGCCAGAUGGGGGCGUCUCUUUCACUCGCCGUGGAAUCCUCUCCAGGGUCAACAGUAUCUUUGACCCCAUUGGUUUUCUGUCUCCACUGACAAUCUGUGGAAAGAUGAUUCUUCGUGAGAUGUGUACGAUAAGUUCAAGCUGGGAUGAUCCCUUACCAGAAGAGUACCGAGAGCGAUGGGAGAGAUGGAGUAGGUCACUGGACCAGUUAAGCAGUCUACAGAUUCCCCGAAUGUUUGUUCCACAAUCGCUGAGCAUAGCACCUGACCCACAAGUGCUGAUAUUCUCUGAUGCAUCUGAAGCAGCCAUUGCAGCAGCAGCUUACCUGAAGGUCAAGCACCACAUUGGCUUUAUCAUGGGGAAGUCAAAACUCGCUCCUCUGGCAGGACAUAGUAUUCCUCGUCUGGAACUAUGUGGAGCUGUAUUGGCAACAGAGAUAGGAGAGUUUGUCUCAGACCAUCUUAAUAUCCCGACGUCCUCUAUUAGAUAUUUCACAGAUAGCAAGGUCGUACUGGGAUACAUCAGGAACAGAACCAGACGUUUUUACACGUAUGUGAGCAAUAGAAUUGCUUGUAUUCAUGCCGUAUCAACCCCUAGCCAGUGGAGUUAUGUACCCACUCACCUGAAUCCAGCAGAUGCAGCAACUAGGGGAUCAGUUUCUGACGUAGGGAAUUCUUUGGAUACUUGGCUCGUUGGACCAGUGCAGUUAUAUUUAGGGGACCUAGCGGAAUGUGAACCAGAUGUGGACUAUUCACUCAUCAACCCUGAUGAUGACAAGGAUAUUCGACCAGAAGUGAGUGCCUUUAAGGCAGAUCUAUUAAGCAACCCAACUCCUAUUGAGGAUCGUUUCACAAAAUUCUCAACAUGGGACAGACUUGUGUCUGCAUUGUCUAUUCUCCGCCAUGUGUCUGCCUCCUACAGAGGUUCGAUUGAUUGCACUAGUUGGCACUUGUGUAACAAGACUAAAUGUGAAUCUGCACUCAAAGACACUGAAGACUUCAUCCUUAGAUGUGUACAAGCUCAGGCUUUUAGGGGUGAACUUGAAGCAAUCAAGGGGAAAUGUGACCUACCUAAGGACAGUCGUAUUCAGCACCUAUCCCCAUACAUUGAUAAUGCAGGCUUGCUGAGGAUUGGAGACCGUCUGAACAACCUGAAGAGUACUGGACUUGCAUCACUUAAUCCAGUUAUAGUUCCUAGGGGACAUGUGGCAACUCUACUUGUACGUUUCUUCCAUAACAAAGUUUUCCACCAGGGUAGAACAAUCACUGAAGGUGCCGUACGUUCUCAUGGCUUCUGGAUCCUUGGAGGAAAGAUACUUAUUUCUUCCAUCAUUUACGCAUGUGUUGUUUGUCGGAAACUGCGUAGAAGGCCCCAGGAACAGAAGAUGGCAGAUCUUCCGGUGGAUCGGCUCACCCCAGGACCCCCCCUUUUCGUCUGUGGGACUUGAUGUAUUUGGCCCAUGGCCAGUACUUACCAGGAAGACACGUGGUGGGUCUGCUCAGAGCAAGAGAUGGGCUGUCCUAUUUACUUGUUUAACUACACGUGCAGUCCACAUUGAAGUGAUAGAGGACAUGUCCAGCUCAUGUUUCAUUAAUGCCCUACGACGCUUUGUAGCAUUGCGUGGACCAGUGAAGCUCAUCCGAUCAGAUAAGGGCACUAAUUUCAUUGGAGCUGUGAAUGACCUUCAUGUGAAUGCAAUUAACGUUGAAGAUAAUGAAGUUCAGACCUACCUUAAGAACAACAGAGCAACAUGGUUGUUUAAUGCCCCCCAUGCAUCACAUAUGGGAGGUGUUUGGGAGCGGGCUAUAGGAAGUGCUCGGAGGAUCUUAGACUCGAUGUUACUGCAAGAAGUACCUAAAGAACUUACACACGAGGUGUUGGUUACACUUAUGGCCGAGGUAUGCGCCAUCCUCAAUUCUCGUCCAAUAACAGCACUUGAUGCGGACCCAUCAUCUCCUAUGGUAUUGAGCCCAAACAUUUUACUGACCCAGAAGCAGGGGGAAAUUGGAACAUUUUCAGACCAUUUGAGCAUCAAGGAUAUGUACUCUGCAAGUUGGAAGCAUGUACAGGUGUUAUCCGACAUGUUUUGGAAAAAGUGGCGCACCACCUACUUCGACAGUUUACAGAAGAGACAUAAAUGGUGUACAAGUAAGCAGAAUCUGAAGACAGGGGAUGUUGUCCUGUUACGUGAGAAAAAUGUUCAUAGGAAUCUGUGGCCAAUGGGGAUAGUGGAGCGCCCAAUUGAGAGCAAUGACAAAAUGGUUCGUAAAGCUGUCAUUCGUGUCGCCAAGGAUGGAAAGGUGACAACUUAUACUCGACCCAUUUCGGAGAUGAUUCUUCUGUUAGACCAAUGAUUGUCUGUGUUGUGAGUCAGUUUCAUUAUAGUUAGACUACAAAUUGUCAUUGUAAAUAAGUUAUUAGUUAUAUCUAUGAUAUAAGACGGGGAGUGUUGUGUUCACGAAUUGGUUGAAGUACGACUUGUUUAAUAUGUAGCCUGAUAUUUGCGGGUUUACGGUUUUGGUUUAUUUAGUACAAUUAUUAUCCAUGCUGGCGCAGGAUGCCGCGCUCAUUUGCAGCAACAGUUUUUCCAUGAUUGUCCAUUAUCCGGCCGAGAGCACACUUCAGAAAUCCACAACAAACACCAGCCUUACCAACUGCUUCCUCAGGCUCCUCAAAGAAUAUAUCAGAAGACCCUCUACUGCAAGGAUUUAGAUCGUACAUAGAAACAAAAAACAAAUUAAAGAACUUUUGUGGGAUGUCUAUUGUCAAGACGCCAGAUUAAGGAUUUGUUUCAUGAUGGACCACUACAUAUUGCACUGGUUGUCAUGAAGAGUUUUCCAACAGGUAUUUCAAAAGACAUUGUUGUAAACAAAAUAGAGCCAAUGUGGAGAAAUCCAGAAAUGAUCAAUCAGAUCAUGAACCCAUGGUUGCAGAAAUACCAUCUACUUCAGAUGGUUAUUUGCAAUUGCUAGAGAGUGAAAUAUCAUCUCUGAAUGCUGAAGCUUCUGAAUCAGACGAUAAUCUGUAGGAUGUUUCAUCAGACGAUGGCGAAGACACUUUUCUAGACGAUGAACUCCUUGAAAUGUAUAUGGCUGCAGACAGUGAUGAAAACUCGGAGACAUAUCCAGAAACAGAUAACAAUGAAUAUAUUCAAACUAAGACCAAUAUGUAUGAAUGUGAAGGACCUGCUAGUUUUAUCCCCAUUCUGAGAAUAAAAUCCAAAUUUGUAUAUGCUUUUGAGAACUUUCAAGGAAUUAACAUAUCGUGUUAUACCACGUGAAAGAUUCUUGUGAAUUUAAUAUGCAUGAUAUGAAGCCGGACACAUAUGUUGAUCUGCAUAUAUACAGACACAAUUUGACUACCCAAGUCUGCACAUUACAAAAACUUGUGAAGUCGGGCACAUGCAGCUGAUGUGUGAAGCCGGACACAUAGGUCUACAUAUACAUGUAUGUACAUCCACUAUUUGAUUACAUCAGUCUGCAUAUUACAAAAACUUGUGAAGUCGGGCACAUGCAGCUGAUGUGUGAAGCCGGACACAUAGGUCUACAUAUACAUGUAUGUGCAUCCACUAUUUGAUUACAUCAGUCUGCAUAUUACAAAAACUUGUGAAGUCGGGCACAUGCAGCUGAUGUGUGAAGCCAGACACAUAGGUCUACAUAUAUAUGUAUGUACAACCACUAUCUGAUUGCAUAAGUCUGCGUAUUACUUGUGAAACCGGACACAUAGGUCUACAUAUAUACAUACAUACACUCUAUGAUCAUUUUAGUCUGCACAUUACAGAAAAAUGUUUGCAUAGCACAUACUAUUCAGGAAGGGUGAUAAUAUUCUUGCAAUGUAUACGUUUUCAAUCUAAUUUGAAGUGUUUAUUUUCCUGAUCUUAUAAGUAUUUGUGUAGUUAAUCAUUUAUUGACUGUAAAGUGUUACAUUGAGAUGGUAUUUAUUAUGUACAGGAAACAGUUUCACUUGUUUUUUGUUUUAUUUAUUUUGUAAUUAAAAAGUAUAUUAAUUUGAAGAAAA